AGCAGAAUUGUCUUUCGGUGUCCCACGCCGAGUUGUCCGACCGUUUCCAAAACUUCGAGCAAAAGCGCGUUGAACACCUCCUGCCCGCACCAAAAUCAAAGGUCCUCGGUUUUGAUCCGUCCUCCGUGUUGAGGGCCAUUUUUGGGCAGUUUUUUGGAAUCUUUGAUAUCAAAACCGCAUCGACGGUGUUCUGUAUAUAAACCCAAAGCCCAUCCUCUAUAAUGGCCUCGGCGCCGUUCGCAGGAGGCCUCGCAGCUACCCACCACGAUAUGGAAGCCGCAUCCGCCGCCGAACCCUUCGAUAACACCGACACUAGUGCUACAUCAGGGGAUGAAGAAGACGAUGUCAGCGGCGGUAGCAGCACCAGCAGUAAAUUGAGCAUGAAGGGAUCGGACCGUGAUCUCUCCAUGACGAAGGCGGCGGCAGCGGCGGGAGGAAGCAAUAAGAAGGCGGGAAUGAUGUUGGGGGUGGAAGGUAGGGCUCCGGAUGCGUCGGAUACGGGUGGUGGGCUUCUGGAGCCGGUCUCGCCUGGUCUUGGUGUUAGAGGGAAGAAGAGAGAGCGGAGAAAGAUCAGUGGUUUCAAGCGAGAAUCGCCAUUAGCCUACCGCGAGUUCCUGACAGGACAUCUAGAUGCGACAGGUCGCGACUCGGUAUACCCCUCUACCCACGAGAAUGACAAAAAGAAACGAGGAGCAGAAUGCCUGCGUGACGACGCGACUGAGUUGCAGAUACUGAUGAGCGCGCCUCGGGUUUCGCACAUUGCUGCUUCCGUAGAGAACGUGCCGGUAAGAUAGACUGGAGGGAUACCUUGUAGAGCUUCCAAGCGUCCUGAAAGCCUUAACUCGUCU